AUGAAUAUACCGAAUACAUCAAAUUUAUCAAGUAUUUGGCAAUCAGUCAGCACAAAUUCACCACAAUUAUUAUCUGUGCAACCACAAUCCCAACAACAACAACAACAACAACAGACAACCGAUAUGCAACAAACAUUUAUUGGAAAUUAUAAUAAUAACAAUAAUAAUAAUAAUAAUAAUUCUGCAAUUACUGACUUAGUAGCUUUAAUGCCAACAUCAUCAACUUCAUCUUUCUCGUCAGCUUCGUCUUCUACUUCGUCAUCAUCAUCAUCAUCUUCCUCCUCCUGUUCCUCCUCCUCAUCAUCAUCAUCAUCCUCGUCGUCGUCGUCAUCAUCAUCAUCAGGUCGAAGAAUCACUGAUCCACAAUCAUACUGGAAUGGAAUUACUUUACUUACUGAAACAAUACCUGGUUAUUAUUCAAAUCCAAUUGGUUCAUCCAUAUUGUGUCCAAUUAUGAAUUCAACGAUAUCGUCAUCAUCAUCAUCAGCAGCAGCACAAUCGCCAAUAUCGAAUUGUUCCAUGACUACUUAUCCACAUUUACCGAAUACAUUACAUGCAUCUUCUUCUAGUUCAUCUCUAGUAUCAAGUACUACAGGGAAUAAUGGAGUGGCAAAAAUCCCUAGACAACGUAAAAGUAAGUUGAAUAGGUGA